UAGUGCAAAUCGCUCACGCAGUCCAGAAAACGGUGCGUUUUGAGACCCUCCACUCCGUCUUCCUCCACCAUGGAAGGUGUGGUUGUGAAGCUCCCGUCGUUCAAGUUCCUCGGCCCUAACGUUGUCUUCUCCUCCUUCCCCUCCACUCGCCGGAGUUCCUCCGGUGUUCGUCUCUUCUCUGCUUCCUCGGCCUCUGCAUCCAUCGCCGCAGAUUCAGAACCCACCUCCCUCGGUCACGUCGUUCGACGAGAUUUCCCCAUCCUCCACCAGGAGGUGAACGGCUCAAAGCUUGUGUACUUAGACAGUGCUGCAACUUCGCAGAAACCGACGGCAGUGUUGAAGGCCUUGCAGAAUUACUAUGAAUCUUUUAAUUCGAAUGUUCACCGUGGAAUCCACAAUUUGAGUGCUAAGGCUACGGAUGAGUAUGAAUUGGCCAGGAAGAAGGUGGCGGCUUUUAUCAAUGCCUCGGAUUCUAGAGAGAUUGUGUUCACGAGGAAUGCUACGGAAGCCAUCAAUCUUGUGGCCAAGACAUGGGGUAAAAAAAACCUAAAACCAGGAGAUGAGGUUGUACUUACGGUCGCGGAACAUCACAGUUGCAUUGUUCCUUGGCAAGAAGCAGUUGAAGAAACUGGCGCGGUUCUAAAAUAUGUAAUGUUGAAUGAAGAGGAAGUUCCAGAUACUGACAAAUUGAAGGAAAUGCUUUCUCAAAAGACAAAGAUUGUUGUCGUUCACCAUGUCUCAAAUGUGCUCGCCUCUUCGCUUCCUAUAAAAGAGGUGGUUGUCUGGGCACAUAAUGUUGGAGCGAAAGUUCUCGUUGAUGCUUGUCAGAGCGUUCCCCACAUGCCGGUCGAUGUUCAAAAUCUUAAUGCUGAUUUUCUAGUGGCUUCUUCACAUAAGAUGUGUGGGCCUACAGGAGUUGGCUUCUUAUACGGUAAGAGCGAGAUACUGCAUGCCAUGCCUCCAUUCUUAAGUGGUGGAGAAAUGAUUUCAGAGGUAUCUCUUUAUCAUUCAACUUAUGCGGAACCUCCAUCUAGAUUUGAAGCUGGAACACCUGCUAUAGGAGAAGCAAUUGCCCUGGGAGCAGCAAUUGAUUACUUAUCGGGGAUUGGCAUGCAAAAUAUCCAUGAAUAUGAGAUAAAACUUGCUAAUUAUUUGUACGAGAAACUUUCUUCUGUGCCUGGGGUUCAGAUAUAUGGCCCGAAACCUUCUGAAAGCGUCCACCGGGCUGCCCUUUGUUCCUUCAAUGUGGAGGGCCUACACCCAACUGAUUUGGCAACCUUCCUUGAUCAACAGCACGGGAUCGCCAUCAGGUCAGGACACCACUGUGCGCAGCCCGUCCACAAGUACCUGGGAGUGAACGCGAGUGCACGAGCCAGCCUCUAUCUCUACAACACAAAGGAGGACGUCGAUUUUUUCAUCGAUGCACUUGCCGACACUGUCGGCUUCUUCAGCUCCUUCAAGUAGCAGAAUGCCUUCUUCUCUCGUUUUGUAAAAUGGAUCUGUGAAAUCUCCAUGAAUGAGAAGAAAUGGAGAUUUUUCUCUGUACAAUCUGAAGAAUAAGCACACAGAGAUAUCGAGUGUUUGGGCUUCUAUCCUAUUCGCACUAUUAUGAGUUGAUUCUAUUCUCUGUGAUUUUUUUC